GAGUGUUUAGUUGUUUGUCUCAUCUCUGACCUAUUUGAAUAAAGCCAAAGCUCUGGGUAACAUUUUCAGAGAAAAAGACACACAAGAGGCUCCUGGGCCUUCUGAACACAGGGAGUCCACAUGAUGGUGCUACAAGGGCAACCUCAAGGUAGAGAAAGGCCAGUAUGGUGGUCCCCCGUGAAGAUCUGGUCUGUUGCUGUGGUUUCCAUAGCAUUCCUCAGUGCUUGUUUCAUCGUGAGUUGUGUGGCGACUUAUUAUAUUACAUAUACAAACACUGACAGAAGGCUGUCUGAAUUACAUACAUAUCAUCCAAGUCUAACCUGCUUCAAUGAAGGGACAAGGGUGACAGAAAAAGUCUGGGGAUGUUGCCCAAGUACUUGGAAAUCUUUUGGUUCCAGCUGCUACUUCAUUUCUAAAGAAGGUAAUUUUUGGUCUAAGAGUCAGCAGAACUGUGUUCGGAUGGGGGCUCAUUUGGUGGUACUCAACACAAAAGCAGAGCAGAAUUUCAUUGUUCAGCAGCUGAAUGAAUCAUUUUCUUAUUUUCUGGGACUCUCAGAUCCACAAGGGAAUGGCAAUUGGCAAUGGAUUGAUCAGACACCUUACACGGAAAAUGUCAGAUUAUGGCACCAGGGUGAGCCCAAUUUCUCUGCAGAGGAAUGUGCUUCAAUAGUUUUCUGGAAUCCUGGAGGAUGGGCCUGGAAUGAUGUUUUCUGUGAUUCUAAAAGAAAUUCAAUAUGUGAGAUGAAGAAGGUUUAUCUAUGAGUGGAACUUUAUUCAUUGUCACAUUUAAAAUGGAGACCUAUCUUAAAAUGAUAAUUUCCUCUUAUAAUUUAUGUGUAAUUCUUAUCAUAGAGGUUUAUGGAAAUAUCCAGAUGCCUUACUUCUUUGAGUCAUCCCUCUUAUAGUUUCUUCUUUUCCACUAAUAAUAGGGUGAACCCUUCCGUUUUUAAAAAUUUGUUAUGCAUUCUUUACUUUUUUCAUACUUCUUUUCACCCACAUUCCUUGGGCAAGAGAUGGUAUUAUUUUGUCUAUCCGAAGACUCAUAAUGAGGUAACUAUUGAAAAUUAAGAAGGACUUUCCUCAAAACAUAGAGAAAUUCUUUGGGUCAAAAUAGUAACUGUGACUGCCAUCAUGUGGAAGCCUGGCAGGAGCUGAAGGGUCUACUUCCUCGAUGUCUCACUCACAUGGCUGGCAACUUGGUACUGGUUUUUGUGAGAAGGCCUCCCAUCCUCACCAUAGAGAACUCUCCGUAGGGUUUCUUGAGUGUUCUCACGAGAUGAUGAUUGGCUUUCCCCAGAGGAAGUACUCCAAGAGAGCAAGUGAAAGUAGCAAUGUCUUUUAUGAUCUGGCCUCGGAAGUCAAACACUUUAACUUCUGGUGCAGUCCAAUGGUCACAUAGACCAAACUGAUAUACUACAGAAGUGGAAUACCCAAAGGCAUGACAAGCUCAGGAUAAAAAUCACUGAGGGCUAUCCUUUUUUUUUUAGACUUUUAUUUUUAU